UCUCUUCUAAAAGUCUUGCAUCAUCCCCAUGACCUCCUUCACUUUUCUUUUGUGUGAACUGUUAGGUGAAGUUGUUGUCUCUUUUUCCCCUCUUCCUUUAAGCUCUUUUCUGUUCUGCUUCUUUAAGUGCUCAGGGGAUGAAGCCAUUCAAACAAACUGCCUGUUCUCUCCUGGCUUAUUUAUAGUGUAAGUAAACAGCAGUGUUUGUCUCUAGUUUCUCCAAUGGUACUGGGACUAGUAAAUGAUCGGUUAUAGAACAUGGCUAAUGUGGUAAGUACAUUUCUCAUUUCAAACCCUUUCUACUGUCUAGGUGUCUUCUCUUUUCUCCUCGUCUGUGGUCUUUGUCCUACACAAGUUCUCUUUACUCCACUUAAGUCUUUCAUGCUGUUUGAAUUCCUUUGUGUGUGUUUGUAUGCAUAUGUCCGUGCAUCCAUACACCCAUAUGUUCUCUCUCUCUAUCACUUUCUCUCUGUCUCCCCCUCUCUCUUGCCGACUCCCACCAGUCUUUCUGGUUUAACAGAAAAUCAGAUAAGUAUAGAAUACCUACAGAGAGGUUAGAGAGUGUGGUUAGAGCACAACGAGACAAGCUCCCAUAGUGUGUCAAUGGCACCCGUCAGAUGGUCUGCAGUGCAGUGGACCGCCCCCGUAAGGGGAACAGUACUUUCCGCUGUUACUAUGGUGGUGUUGCCUCAUCUGGUGACAUCGGAAUCAUGUGAGCAGCGUUAAUAUAAUCUGAUCUGGCCCUUGUCAGAUGAGACACUUCAGGGGAUACCUCUCUUUCUCACACCCAAGCAACCUGUCAGUGUUAGAGCAGAGGACCGGAGACUAAAGACAGAUCUCUCUAGACAGACAUGGAUUUGGACCUGGGAGGGAUAUUUCUAGAGAAUAGCACCUAUAACUACGAUGGGGACUAUGUUUAUAAAGAGGACUGCUCCCCUGAAGAUGGCGUUGGGGUGCAUUUUGGCACAGUGUUCCUCCCAAUGCUCUACUCCCUAACGCUGGUCCUGGGGCUAGUGGGUAACGUGCUGGUCCUGGUGGUUCUGGUCCAGAGGAGGCGGAGCUGGAGCGUGAUGGACACCUUCAUCCUGCACCUGGGCAUGGCUGACACCCUGCUGCUGGUCACGCUGCCCCUUUGGGCUGUUCAGGCCACUGGGGAAUGGAGUUUCGGGACCCCCCUCCGCAAGAUCACUGGAGCCAUGUUCACAAUCAACUUUUACUGUAGCAUCUUCCUGCUGGCCUGCAUCAGUCUGGACCGCUACCUGUCCGUGGUCCACGCGGUCCAGAUGUACUCUCGCAGGAAGCCCUGGAUGGUGCAGGCCAGCUGCCUGUCCGUGUGGCUCCUCUCCCUCCUCCUCUCCAUCCCCGACUGGCAUUUCCUGGAGUCUGUGAGGGACACCAGACGAGACAAAGUGGAGUGUGUUCACAACUACCCGUCCCUCUCCCAGUCUUGGUUUGACUGGCGCCUGGCGUCCUGCCUGCUCUACCACACGGUGGGCUUCCUCCUCCCCUCUGCAGUGCUACUCUUCUGCUACUCCUGCAUCCUGCUGCAGCUGCAGCGCGGCUCCCAGGGCCUCCAGAAGCAGAGGGCCGUCCGGGUCAUCCUGGCCCUGGUGCUGGUCUUCUUCCUCUGCUGGACUCCCUACAACAUCCCCCUAAUGGUGGACACUUUUCAGGGGAGACCUGGGGAGCCUGUUUCUGGGUCCUGUGAGAACGGGAGGACAGCUGUGGAGAACAGUCUGGUGGUUACGUUCGCUCUAGCCUGCCUGCACGCUUGCCUCAACCCAGUGCUCCAUCUCGGAAUGUGUAGAAACUUCCGGCAACGCGUGCUGGAUAUGGUGAGGUGUGUUGAGGGGGUACAGCACGAUCUGAAACGCUCACUGUGGGAUUCAGGUAUGGUUGAAGACUCACCUGACCAAGCAGAGGAGAAGGGGACGUUGAACCCAAUGACAACCAUGGGACAGGUACAGUCCACCCAGAGCUGAUGGGUAGGAAGAGGAUCCUAAUGACUAAUAUAGUCAUGGGUCUGGGGACUAUUGGAUGACCGUAACCUGGGUCAUGAGUCUGGGGACUGGUGGAUGACCGUAACCUGGGUCAUGAGUCUGGGGACUGGUGGAUGACCGUAACCUGGGUCAUGAGUCUGGGGACUGGUGGAUGACCGUAACCUGGGUCAUGAGUCUGGGGACUGGUGGAUGACCGUAACCUGGGUCAUGAGUCUGGGGACUGGUGGAUGACCGUAACCUGGGUCAUGAGUCUGGGGACUGGUGGAUGACCGUAACCUGGGUCAUGAAAGAAAGACAUGCAUAGUAGAAAGCCCCUUAUGAGGACUGCUUUCUUUGAAUUGCACUUUAAUGGAUAACGCUAAGACUAAAUGUAUAUUUAUAUAUUUUUAUAAAGUCAGAGGGUUGUCUGCUCUUCACGUUUUACCUAUCAAUGUCGUCCGGGUCUGUAGAAUUUGUUGGAAAGAAUCAUGCAUCCAUUAUUCAAACCUACAUCUAUAUAUAUAUAUAUAUGUGUGUGUGAUUCGGAAUAAAUGUGACAUGGAAUGGAACAGAAGAACUGACCUGGAAUUUUCAUGACAAAACUUUUUUGGUUAA